CUUUCCCAAUUUUCAAAUACUGCAGCCAAUUCCAAUAAGCAAAGUUCUACUCCUGAUUCUUUAACCGGUUCUCAAGUAUCCGUCUCUAUCGAACCAACCUCAGUUGGUGGUGAUGUCCAUGCUUGGCCCCACCUUUCUCUUUCAUUUUUAAACCCUGAUAGAAUGAUGGAUAUUAAUAAACGGCCGCGAUCUCAUCCUGAUUAUGACCCAACGACGUUGUAUGUACCGGAGGAUUUCAAGUCCAGGCAAACUCCUGGAAUGCGACAAUGGUGGGAGCUGAAAUCAAGAUAUUUCGACACGAUCAUUUUUUUCAAGGUCGGGAAGUUCUACGAAUUAUAUCAUAUGGAUGCUGUUAUUGGAGUUAAUGAGUUAAAUAUAGUUCUGAUGAGAGGCGAAUUUGCGCACUCUGGUUUUCCUGAAAUUGCUUUUCAAAGAAUGGCGGAUCAGCUUGUCUACAAAGGCUACAAGGUUGCUCGUGUAGAGCAAACGGAGACUCCUGAAGCUAUGACAGAGCGUACAAGAGGCAGACCAGCAUUUGAAAAAGUUGUCCGUCGUGAAAUUUGCCAAAUUUUAACCCCUGGUACGCGGGUUGUUUGCUCGCGGGAAGCGCUCUGUCACGAUUCUCAUUCCUCACUUACUCAGUCGGAAAGCGCUAAUAUCAGUGAAAAUGUUCUAACGAAGCAAACUGAGGAAGGCCGCCUUCUUGUGUUGGCUGAGGGAAAUGAAUCUACUAGGAGCCUUAAUUCUUCUAAGUCUGAACUGGCAGAGAAUAGAUUUGUAUUCGGGCUUGCUCAAUUAAAUGCUCUAGAUGGGCAUAUCACAGUAUGUUUCGUCUACAUAUAA